GAGAGCUAGUGGUUGCUAUAGCCAUGAGAGUCUGGGCAGAGCUUGGAGCCACAGAGAGAUAGUGAGAGGACUGCACUGGGAAAUAUCUGCCCAGGGAAUACAAUAAGUUUUCAGCUCAUUAAGUUGGAUAAACAAAUGGCUUACUGUAGGAGAUACUGGGAGUCAUACUGGAUAUCAUCAGGAAGACAUUAGAAAAUGAAUAAACGCAGAGGGGAAGUGGAGGAGUGUUAAUGGGACACCAUGAAAUUCACUUGAAGACAAAGGAGAUGGAUGUGGAGUAACAGUCUUGUGGCAGAAACAGUAAGAAAAAUGGGCAAUGCCAUGAGAAGUAUUCUCGCCUUCAUUCCUUCUGAGCGCUGCCAGCGCUUCUUAGUUGGGGACCUGAAGGAGAUGCCACUAGAUCGGACCCUGGACCUGAGCAGCCGACAGCUGCGAAAGCUGCCUGUUGCUGCCUGUCUCUUCAAUGAGUUGGUGAAGCUUUACCUGAGUGACAACAACCUCAGCAGCUUACCGGCUGAAGUGCAGAGCCUGAGAAAGCUGCAGCUUCUGGCCCUCGACUUUAACUGCUUUGAGGAGCUCCCACUAGCCAUAUGCAGGUUGCCCCAGCUUAGUAUUCUUUACUUGGGUAAUAACAGGCUUUAUCACCUCCCCGUAGAGCUGAGAGAGCUUAGGGAACUUAGCACUCUGUGGCUGGAGACUAAUUGCUUCACCGUUUUCCCUAAGGUUGUGUGUGAGCUCUCAAAUCUAAAGACCCUGCACCUCGGAUAUAACCAGAUACGGAGUUUACCCAAAGAAUUUGGACGGCUGCACGAGCUGCGAAGUAUCUGGCUUGCUGGGAACCAACUGCCAGAGUUCCCACCAGUGUUGCUUGAAAUGCACUCUCUGGCUGUCAUUGAUGUAGAUCGGAACAGAAUACGCCAUUUCCCUAGCCUUUCUCACAUGCAGGGGUUAAAACUUGUAAUCUAUGACCACAACCCCUGUGUUAAUGCCCCAGCAGUGGCUGAGGGAGUCAGAAGGGUUGGGCGCUGGGCUGAUAGCUCAGAUGACGAGCAGGAAGAUGAUGCUUCAAAAGCAGCAAGUGAGACUACAGCUGAGGUUGUGGAAGUCCAUCCUGAAGAGCAACAGAACAUUCAAGGUUAAGGACCAAAGUGACCUUCAGCUGUGGGGAGGCGGGACUGACUGGCCACGCUCUUGAGUGGCGUCCUGGAGCACUUAAAGCAGAGUGGCAUGACAAAUACCAUCAGGGCGAUGGUAUUUGGUCCAUAUAUGGUAAAGCCAAUCAUUUAAAAGGGAAAGUUCACCUCUGAAAUCAAAUCUACACACACACACCCUCAACUGGCCUGCUGUGCUACUUAUCCAUCAGAUUGUUUGGUGAGAGUUGGCCAGUUUUAGAUAUACUAGUUAUGUUUGCAUUUACAUAUAUCUUAGGAUUAUGACUUUAUUUUGGAUUGAACUGUCCUUAUAAAGGCUACAAAGUAAUGAAAUCCAAAAUGCAUAGUCUGUAAAAUGGAUAUUUGAAUCACGACAUAAAAGCAAUACUUAAAAAAACAAAAUAAAAAGACUGCAUGCCUUGAAAUUAUUCAUUUCAACACUGUAAACUUUUUAAUUAAUCUUUUUUCUCGGGAAUGUUACAUGUAUCAUAUUGUUUGUGUAUUGCCAAGUUCACAUAGUAUGUUUGCAGGGCAAUGUGUCAAAACAGGCAUUAACAUUAUUCAAGUAAAUCAGCGAUGCAGCUGUUGCUGUCCAGUCAUCUGAGAAUUUGUUUCUUACUUUUAUAGACGUAGAUACAAAAAAAGGAUUGAGAUGCAUCAUUUGUAGUCAGUGUAAGUCACAGUUUGUGACUUCUGAUUUUACAGUGCAAAGAAUUAGAAAACAUUUUGUUCCAGCAGUGUGAGAUAGUAUCUGCACCUGCUGAGGAUUUUAAUACCAGAGAUGGAUGGUUUAAGUCAAUUAGUGCACUCUGUAUCCAGACGAAUGCAUAAUUCAUCGACUAGAUUGGAGCUGUGGCUUUGAAUAAAGACUGCUAAUGGGCCAUAAUGUCGUUGCUGUAAGGUUCUGGUUUGAAACAGAUCAUACAUGCAAUUUUGCAAUUCCCCUGUGUACCAGGAAAAUGUUCUGUAAACUAGCUUAAAAGUAAUUCCACGAUAUAUGAUCUGGGCAUUUGGAAACUUUCAAAACAAAAUGCAUUAAAAAAAGAUUAAAAGGGCUUCAAAUUGUUUAUUCUUCUGGAAAUGUGAUUAUUUACGUGCUUCCACCUUUCAUAGAUCUUUAUAUUAUUCUAUAACAUGUAUUUUAGUUUUUAAAUAUAUGAAUGCAUAAUAUUUUAUCUAAAUGUAUACUUAUAUUACAUUAUAGUAUUUAUUAUGAUUUCAGGCAAUCUUUUACCUUUGUAUGGUCCUAUUAUAAACUAUAUAUAUAUCAAUCUGCUUUUGUUAUGUUUUAUGUGUUUAACAUAACGUUUAAAUGUUGUAACAAAGGAAUAUUAAACAUAACACCUUUUUUAAAAAAUCACUUUAGUUAAAUUUAAAGGUUUGUGAAUGUAUAAACAUCUUUUUGUUUGGUCAUUCAAAAGCAUUCACCAGCUUUAAUGUUAUUUAAUCUAUGCUUCAGUGUGACACAUACCUAUAUAUAGAUUUCAUGCUUAAUACAAGCAAACAGCAUCAAUGUUAAUCCUUUAAGUAUCUGCAGAUCACAACUUAUUACAAACCAUUUGAGUUUGCAUUGCUGUUCUCUCCACACACACACACACACUCACUGACCACUCAAUCUGCUUUUCCCUUAAAAACUGUGUUAAUUCUUCAUUGCAUAGAUUCAACAAGAUGCUGGAAGCAUUCCUCUGAGCUUUUGGUCUAUGCUGACAUGAUAGCAUCACAUGAUAAAAUCUCCUGUAGCGCCACAUGCCAAAGGUGCUAUGGGAUUGAGAUUGAUGAGUGUGUAAGAAACAAGUUUGGGCUUUGUGACAUGGUGCGCUACCCUGCUGGAACCAGCCAUCAGAAGUUGCUUAGAAUUUCCAGUAAAUUUUCUGUACAAGAGAUUGGAACAAAAAGAAGUAAACAUAUUUUUGUUUAAAAUGUUAAAAACCUAGUAUUCAGGACAUGUUUAUUGGAGAUACAAGUUAACAUAUCUUGUUGAUGAUUUUACAUUUCUCAAAUGUAUAUAUUUGUUAUAAAGUAAUUUACUGUAAGACUGCAAGACAGUCAUCAAAUUUCUCUAUAGGAAUUAAAAAUUCAGUUGGUAGCUAGAGUUGCUUUAUUAUGGUGACAAUAAAGAAGUUAACUGUGUUUAACACAUAACAUCUACUCAUAUUUUCUCAGGAUACAAGAUGAGAGAUUAUGAGUGCAUUAUAUUACAUACAUAAAUAUCUUUGGUUCAAAGUCCAACGUAAACACAACUUGCCCACUUCCUUUACUUAAACAUACUUGGAUCCAAAGCACCCCUGAAGUGCAGGUUAAACACAUGGAGGCUGAGCCACAUACCAACAUCAGCUUCAAUUCUACAGUAACUUUACCAUUCCUCUUAUUCUCCAUAGUCAUUAAUGAUAAAUAAAGAAAGUUUCACAUAUAUCAAUAAACCUAUAUUACUUAAAAGA